CCCAUAGAGAGUGUAAAUAGCCACUCUUGCUCGAAGUUUCGAAACUCAUCACUAAGGUGGAGCGUCCGUACAAGAAAAUGCGAGCCUUGUCGCAGCUUAUCAGUAAGAAGCUCUCUCGCUCUCUCUCCUCUGCUUCUUCAACUUCGUCGCCAUGCGAAACCCUAACCUCCUCUCUGAAAUCAUCAUCAUCAUCUUCUUCCUCUCGUUCCUGUUCUUCUCAUUCUUUUGCUUCGCGCUUGUCGUCAGACCUGAUAUCGCCUCUGCGCCGUGACGGGAGGAGCGUGAUUGGGUCGCCGUGGCGUGCCGUUCCGACAAGGGGAUUGAAAGUUAAUGGAACCAAUUUGAGAGCUGGAAAUGUUAUUGAGAAGAAAGAUCGAAUUUACGAGGUCUUGAAAGUUGAUCAUUCGCAUGAAGGAAGGGGGAAAGCUACCAUAAAGGUCGAGCUUCGUGAUGUUGAUUGUGGAAACAAGGUAAUCCAGCGAUUUGGUACAGAUGAAGCAGUUGAAAGUAUGAUUCAGAACUCAUUGUUUGUUGAGGUGAAAAGUUACAUUUAUAUGUGUACGGACCGUGAUGGCAAAAUGUUGUUGAUGGACCCUGAUACCCUUGAUCAGCUGGAAGUGCAUACAGACUUGUUUGGAAAGAAGGCCAAGUAUCUACAAGAUGACAUGAAGGUUAAAGUGGAGGUUUAUAACGGAAUUCCUUUAUCUGCAUCAGUUCCAAAGCACGCAACAUGCACUGUGAAGGAUGCACAGCCUCCCGUGAAGGGAAUUGGAGUGACGCCUAGGGAGAAAAUUGCCGUGCUGGAAAAUGGCCUCUCUAUCAAAGUACCAGCUCAUGUUGUUGUUGGUGACACUAUAGUUAUUGAUACUGAGGACGACUCCUAUGUUAAAAGGGGCAAGGCAUAAGACAAGGCGUUGCUUUAAUCUGACAAAAGGGUUGAGCCUCAGUUUUCCCAAUCGUCUAACUUGUUUAAUUUUUAAUUUCUUAUUGUUUCUCUUGAAAAAAUCUGAGGCGGAAGUUUGACAAUUUUGUAGAAUAGUAUGUUAUAGCAAAGAAAUAAAAAUAACAUAAAAGAAAGUACGAAGCAUACUUGCGAUGUUAUUUAUUAACACAUAAUCAAAUACCGUAUAUUAUUUUCUCGGUUUAAUA